UAUGGAAGGCAGGCGGGCUUCUCUACGAGCAGUUUACUUCAGAGAUGCAUAAAUAAUGUAUUGAAAACGACCUGUUUAAUCAAUAAUGGAGCAUUUACGGGAUUCGACUUUGUGUCUAGACUCGCCUUCCAAGCACAGUUACAUCGGAAGCUUCUACAUGCCCCCAGAGAAGCUGUCCCAUGAACUGGGUGGGUCACGCCAGAACAAAACCACCACCAGCCUGAAGAAUAUCAACACACAGACAUAUCAAGCAAUGCCUGAUGCUGGAAGCAGAGCAGUAAUAGCCGCACUAAAAACUCUGCAGGAGAAGAUGAGGCGACUAGAGCUGGAUCGUGUACAGGCAGAGAGUAAUGUAAAGAGGUUUGCACAGGUUGCCCAGCGGUAUUCCAGCGCUCCACCCCAGACCGAUCAGCACACUGGCACUAAAGAUGGUGUCUGCUCACAAAGAAAAGAGUUGGUGUCUCAGUUGCACUCAGCUGAAGCUCGGUGCACCCUGUUGAAAAAACAGCUGGACUACAUGAGGAAGAUGGUGGAGAGUGCACAGAAAGAGAAAUCAACUUCAGCAGAAAAAGAGGAGUGUGUGCAGCAGAACACAGAUACACGGAUCCAGGUUCAGUUGCAGAAACUGGAAAAAGAGUGUGUUAAGCUUACUAACACACAGUCUGAAGCAGAGAGAAAGAUUAAGCUUUUGGAACUGAAGUUACUUGAGGAGGAAUAUGAACGCAAACGUGUGCAGGAGAAAGCUGAAGAGUUACAGAGAGAGCUUGAAGCUAACCUGCUCACACUAGCAGCUGUUGAGACCAAACCGAAAAAGAAGAGUAAAGAAAAGCCAUUAAAUAAUAAGAAAGCAGUGAAGACUGAAGUUCCAGGACCUCAGUGCCUUCCUAAGGCCAAGCACUUACCGUUCGUCGCUGGAACAUCAACCAGCCCUAGUCACUCAGUUAACGCCAACGUUCAGAGUGUGUUGCAUCUGAUGAAGACCAGGCAGCCUCGGCUGUGUGAGAGGGUGCAAUCUCUGCAAAGGUCCAAGACUAAGCAUCGCACAGCCUCAGAAUCACCCAGCGAUGGCGCUGCUGCACUUGGCAAUCUUUCUGAACUGCUACUGGCACUACAGGAUGAACUCGGACAGAUGAGUUUUGAGCAUCAGGAGCUCGUCAGGCAGAUAGAUGAGACUGAUGAGCGCGAGCUGAGGGAGGAUCUGGAGAGAGAGCUGGACUGCUUGGUCAGGCGGAUGGAGGAGAAAUCAGCUCAAAUCACCAAGCUACGUAAACACCAGCUAACAGUCCAGAAACUCUCCCAAUGUAGCCCGAAGAAAAAGCAGAAACCAAGGCGUGCUGCAAGCGCUGACGGUCGGCGUUCAUGCAACAGCAAUACUGCGCUCCAGGCCGUUCCUGCCUCCACUGUUAAAGCCUCACCCUCCAGAACACAGAGGCAUCACACAGCCGGCCAGGAUCGCCUCCAGCUGCUCCGAGACACCCAGAGACUGCAAUCCAGUCUCCGUCGACAGGACAUCAGCUGGGAAACGUAGACCCGUAAUAGUCGCCAUUGCUCACAUAGCGCUUCGGGACAGCUAUCAGAAUGUGUGUGGUGCCGCUCAGGUGGCGCAGCGGUAAAAAGACACGCGCUGCAACCAGGGCUGGAUUUCGAAGGAGCGUCGUUUCGAAUCCGGCUCUGCCUUCACGGUCGAGGCUGGGCGGCUAUGGACAACGAUUGGCCUGUUGUCCGGGUGGGGGGCGGGACUUGAGACCGUAGGGGAUGCUCUCUCAGGAACGGGGCGGUUGCGCCCUCUGCUGGCUGGUUGGUGGCGCCUGUAUGGAGACGGGAGGGGGUGUGGCGGGGUGUGUGAUCCUCCGUGCACAGUACUCUGCCACGCUACACUUGUCAAGUGUGGGUGAUAAGACGGUCGAUUGGCUGUGCACGUUUCGGAGGAGGCGUGGAACGGCCUCGUCAGCCCCAAUCAGGAGCAGGAAUCCGCACUAAUGAGAGGAUGAUAGAUGGGAUGAAAUUGGACGCGCUAAAUUUAUUAAAAAAAAAAUACAUAAAUAAAAAAAAAAAGAAUGUGUGUGGUAUGACGUAGCAUUAGCAGGAACUAGCAUUUAACAUUUUUUUGUGAUGUGCUUGCUACUUUUUGCAUUUGUCUUUCAUUUUUACUAUUUGUGCUUGUUUUUUUUUAAUUGCAUAAUAUUAAAAUAUUUUAUUUAAACAUACUAAA